AUUUUGUGUGUGGUGUGAAAAGGAAGGAAACACAUUGACACAGUCCAGUUAAACAUCAUGAAGUGCAUAAACGGAGCCUUUAUCAAAAGUGUGUUUAGUUGUGUGUUUAGUUUGAGCCUGUUCAGACUCUGAGGAUGGGAGCCUCUCUGCUCUGGACACUGCGGUCCAUCUUGUUUUGUGUCGCCGUCUGCAAACAGACAACAGGUGACAGGGCGACUCUAGAUGUCACUCAACAGUCUGUGUAUCUGAGGGAAACAGUGGAUCUGAAGUGCAGAGGUCAUGGAGAAAAAGUACUGAAGUUUUACAAAGAUGGGAAACUCGUACAAAAGGACUCACAACAUGUGCUGUACUAUUAUUCAGGCAUUUCAUAUCUGAACAUUUAUUCAGUGUCACAAUCAGAUGGGGGUUUGUAUUCGUGUGGGGCCAGUGAGGAAACACAAUCCCCUGAGAAAGAACUGAAAGUGACAGAAAGUACCCGCAGAGUUGAACUGACUGUGUCAAACACAGAAAUACCAGUAGGGGGCAGUGUGACACUGAGCUGUGAUGUAGAGGAGUGGAAUGAAACACUCCAGUGGGUCAGACGAGAAACCGACCCUAGAUUUGGUUGGAAAGAUCUUUUAAAUGUUGAACAAACUCUGAGUGUCUCUCAUGGAGUGUACUUGUGCGGAGGGUGGAACAAUCAUAUCACCACAGAACAAAGUAAUGACGUCACUGUUGUGAACACUGUCCCCACUGUGAGUCCGGGUCAGUUGGAUGUAUUUGUGGGAGAGAGUCUGAGUCUGAUCUGUGAGGUGGAGGGAGCAGACACAGAGUGGACCUAUCACUGGAGCAGGAACAGACUGAACCCACCUCCAACAACCAGAGAAUACAGAGUGUCCAGAGUGACUGAGUCUGACACAGGAGCCUACAGCUGCAGAGCCCAGAGAGGCCCACACCUCACCACUGUGUGGAGCAGCACCACCACUGUCACUGUACUCAAUGCCAGUAUGAACCUGCAGACUCCAGUCCAGGCUGUGUAUCGGGGAGACUCAGUGACUCUGGUCUGUUCUGGUCCUGCUCAGAGACAGUUACUCUUCUUCAAAAAUGGAUCACCUGUUCAACAUCAGCCUCAGCACAAAUCUACAACAACAGUCCAACUGAAGAUCACAGUGUCAGAAUCAGACGAGGGUCAGUACUCCUGUGGGAUCAAUGAGGAAGUACAGUCACACCCCUGGAGACUCACAGUAACACAAACACAACGCACUGUCACUGUGAGACCAUGGCCCUCAGUUAUUCCAGUAGGGGGCAGUGUGACUCUGAGCUGUGACAUAGAGGGGUUUACAGGGGGAUACAGAUGGUUCAGACGUAGUUAUUCUCAAACUGACACAUUACCUGAGACCUCACAGAGAGUCCGUGUCUCCAGAGGAGGAGAGUACAGCUGCAGAGGACAGGACCAGUUCAUCCUCACACCUCAAAGUCCUGAAGUCACUGUCAGACAAACUGUGUCUCUGACGCCAAACUGGUCUAAGUUAUUUGUGGGAGAGAGUCUGAGUCUGAUCUGUGAGGUGGAGGGAGCAGACACAGAGUGGACCUAUCACUGGAGCAGGAACAGACUGAACCCACCUCCAACAACCAGAGAAUACAGAGUGUCCAGAGUGACUGAGUCUGACACAGGAGCCUACAGCUGCAGAGCCCAGAGAGGCCCACACCUCACCACUGUGUGGAGCAGAACUACUGUAACUAUACUCAACAAACCUCAGCUCACAGUGAGUGGAGCCUCAGAGGUGCCAACAGGGGGCAGUGUGGAGCUGCUCUGCUCUGUCUCUCCACCUUCCUCUGGGUGGAAAUAUGACUGGAGCAGAAAUGAGCAGCUCUUUAAACAGUCUUCAUCUGAGGCACAGGUCUCAGUGUCAGAGGGAGGGGAGUACCAGUGCAGAGCCAGCAGAGGGCGCCCUCCCUACUUCACUGAGCACAGCCUGAAGUUCAGACUCAGAGCCACUGUCCCCAGCCCCUCUGUCUCUGUGGACCCCCCCUGGUCUCAGCUGUUCUCUGGAGAGCAGCUCUCUCUCACCUGUAACGCUCACGGAGCAGACGCUGAGUGGACGUUUGAAUGGAGGAGAUCUGGACAGAGCCUGAAGCACAAACAAAGAGAAAUGACCAUAAGAAGAGCAGCAGUGAAGGACAGAGGGCCCUACAGCUGCAGAGGAGUCCUGCCACACACAGUCACUGAGUGGAGCCGCCCCCUCACACUAAAUGUGUCUGACAGAGCCCCCCGUCCUGUCCUGUCAGCGUCUGUGUCCUGGCUCAGUCCUGGGGCCUCUGUCUCUCUGAGCUGUGCUGUGACAGGGCCCUCUGCAGGAUGGAGCUUUCACUGGUUAAUAACCGCUGCCAUCUCACCCGCACCUGAGGACAAAGGGGUGCAGAUGUACCUAUUGGAGGGCAGUGAUGACGAGAACCCUGAAGGAGCACUUCCAAAUCACAGUGAACCUAUCACUCAGUCAGAGUCUUACACAUAUGAGCGGCUCCCGGGGGCCAGUGCCGGCUCUAAACAGGACUCCUUCAUCCUCCAGGGCCUCAAACACUCAGCAGCGUUUGUGUGUCGAACAGAAAGAGGAAGUCCCGCCUUCUCCUCUGAACACAGUGACCCCGCCUUUGUCUGGUCUGGAGAUGCUGAGUCUCCAGUGUCUCUCUCGGUCAGUCCUGACAGAGCACAGCACUUCACUGAUGAUGUCAUCACUCUGAGUUGUGGGUUCAACUCCACUGGAGCAGACAGCACAGUCUGGAGGAGGUUUUCUGAUCACAGAUUAUCACAACAGUGUAAUUGGACUAAAUCUAAAUGUGAGUUUAGUUUACGUGAGGAAACCAGUGCAGUGUUUUGGUGUGAGUCUGGAUCAGGAGAAAUGAGCAAUGCCGUCAACAUCUCAGUCCACAGGGACAUCAUCCUUAUGAGCCCAGUGAGUGCAGUGACUGAGGGACAGUCUGUGUCUCUCAGCUGUAAACUGAACACAGGGACUUUUACUUCAGUUCAAUUUUAUAAAAAUGGAAAAAUGAUUCAAAAUGGGACUGAACCAGAGCUCAACAUCACUGCAGUGUCCAGGUCUGACCAAGGCUUUUAUAAAUGUGAGGGACAACGGAAACUACGGCCAACACCAAAGACUGUCAUAUCUCCAGAGAGUUGGAUGUCGGUUAAAACUGUUCCUGUGUCUAUAAAUGAGACAUUUCCUGUGGUGUGGGCGCUUGGACCUGUGUGUGCAGUGGUUUUACUCAUUCUGCUGCUGCUUCUGUGGCACCACAUAAAAAAUAAAGGCCAAAGCUCGUCCAGUGAGAAUGAAACAGGGGCGGGACAAGACGACCAGCAGCAACUGUACUCAUCUCUUCUCCAUGGCGACGUUUGUGUGUAUGAAACUAUCAAAGACAAAAGAAACAGGGAUGAUGAACAGCUUGGGGACUACAGCAAUUUACCAGGUCUGUCCAAACGACCUGAGCUGAGAUGAAAGAGUUUUUCUGGACAACAACUAAAACACACAGUAAAAAACUUCAUAUGAUACAAAUGGACCACAGCCUUAAAGCUACACUGUGUAACUUUUCUGGUUGAGUUCUGUCUCUCGCUUGUUUCCGUGGAGAUGUUAUUACUUUGUUUGGAUUGUUCUGAUAUCAAAUGUGUCUAUGUUGGAUUAUUCAGGUCCAUGU